AUGGAGAUGUCUCCAAACACUGUCUCCUCUAUCUUGUUGCCAUGGUCAUUGUGGUUGCUGUUCUCACUAACCCAAGUCACCCAGACAACAAACUCAGCCCCCCUGUCUGAAACUUCUCUGUCAGUCAAUACCACGCUGUUGUUCAACAGUGGCACCCCGGGCUACAACCUGCGGAACUGCAGCUGCUCCACACCCAUCCGGGAAUGCGACGAAGCUCUGGCCAACUCGCUGUGCAGAUGCCACACCGUUUUGCGCUCUGCUCUGCCCUCUGCUGGGCUCAGAGAGCCUGGACGACUCACCGUGUGGGUGAAGGAGCUCUGGGUUCUGGAGGAGCUGCUCAACCGGAGCAUGGUUGGCCAUUUGCUGUUGUCUUUUUGUGGAAUAAAACCAAUGGACAGUCAGUACCUGGCACUGCUAGGUCUACGGACCCUCAGGAUCCAUAGUGCAGCACCAGAAGCUCCUUACCCCGACCAGGAAAUCACAAUCUCCCCAGCAGCAGGGCUGGCAGUGGAGCUAGAGACCCUCUACCUUGACUUGUCCUCUUCCUACCAUGUGACCUUUCUGGAUUUAGCAGUUCUCAACGGGCUCUCUGUCCUAAAGGCAUACAGUGUGGUGGGACCACCUGCUCAAACUCUCUCUCAACAUUUCCCACACCUGGCUCUGCCCCUUUCUCUGCCAUCCUCCACGACGCAUGGUGACCCUACGGACCCCAGUGAGCAGGCUGCAGAGCCUCUGCAGAACCUGCUUGUUACAUUUGUUUACUAA